AAAGACCAAUUCGAAUAUCGGAAAUUCGUGCUCCUCCGCAGCCAUUAGCGAACCGCCGCACGAAUGGCGACUUCCCUCGCCGCCCCCAAGCUCACCGCCACCCUCUCCGCCUCGCCGUCGCUCCGCACCCUCCGCCGGAAUCUCUCCGUCCCUCUCUCCCUCCUCCCCAAUCCUUCCGGCCCCCGGGCCCUCGGCCUCCGCUCCCUCCCCGGGUCCCGGCCCCGCCGCCGGCGGUUCUCCGUCGAGGCCGCCGCCGAGCCCGACAACGGCGCCGAGGCCGCCCGCCACUACGACUUCGACCUCUUCACCGUCGGCGCCGGGAGCGGCGGCGUCCGCGCCUCCCGCUUCGCCUCUAAUUUCGGCGCCACCGUCGCCGUCUGCGAGCUCCCGUUCUCCACCAUCUCCUCCGAGACCGCCGGAGGCGUCGGCGGAACAUGUGUACUUCGAGGUUGUGUACCCAAGAAGUUACUUGUUUAUGCAUCCAAAUACGCUCAUGAAUUUGAAGAGAGUCAUGGAUUUGGAUGGAUGUAUGAUGCUGAGCCUAAGCAUGAUUGGAGCACCUUAAUGGCUAAUAAAAAUGCUGAGUUGCAACGACUCACUGGUAUCUAUAAGAAUAUACUAAAAAAUGCCAAUGUCACUCUAAUUGAAGGCCGUGGAAAGAUUGUGGAUCCUCACACAGUUGACGUGGAUGGAAAGCUCUAUUCAGCUAGACAUAUACUAGUUUCAGUUGGGGGACGCCCUUUUAUUCCUGAAAUUCCUGGAAGAGAAUAUGCAAUUGACUCAGAUUUAGCCCUUGAUUUGCCCUCAAAGCCCGAGAAAGUUGCAAUCAUCGGGGGUGGCUACAUUGCUCUUGAAUUUGCUGGUAUCUUUAAUGGUUUGUCAAGCGAUGUCCACGUAUUUAUAAGGCAAAAGAAGGUUUUGAGAGGUUUUGAUGAAGAGAUCAGGGAUUUUGUGGGUGAGCAGAUGUCCCUACGAGGAAUUGAGUUCCAUACUGAGGAGUCACCUCAAGCCAUCCAAAAGUUGCCUGAUGGUUCACUGUCUCUUAAGACCAAUAAAGGAACAGUAGAAGGUUUCUCGCAUAUCAUGUUUGCUACAGGACGACGGCCCAAUACAAAGAAUUUAGGAUUAGAGACUGUUGGAGUAAAGAUGACCAAGAAUGGAGCUAUAGAGGUUGAUGAAUUUUCCCGAACAUCAGUUCCAUCCAUCUGGGCGGUUGGGGAUGUUACUGACAGAAUUAACUUGACCCCAGUCGCUUUGAUGGAGGGAGGAGCAUUGGCAAAGACUAUUUUUUUGAAUGAGCCAACAAAGCCUGAUUACAGAGCUGUUCCAUCUGCUGUGUUCUCCCAGCCUCCAAUUGGACAAGUCGGUCCUACUGAAGAACAGGCUAUUCAAGAAUAUGGCGACGUUGACAUAUUCACAGCAAAUUUCAGGCCUUUGAAGGCAACUCUCUCUGGGCUCCCUGACCGUGUUUUUAUGAAGGUCAUUGUUUGUGCAAAAACAAACAGAGUCCUUGGGUUGCAUAUGUGCGGGGAAGAUUCUGCAGAAAUUGUACAGGGUUUUGCUGUCGCUGUGAAAGCUGGUUUGACCAAAGCAGACUUUGAUGCCACAGUGGGCAUUCACCCGACUACUGCUGAGGAAUUUGUUACGAUGAGGACGCCCACUAGGAAGAUACGGAGGGGUCCUUCAUCGGAGGGAAAGAAGGACUCUGAUGCUAAAGCUGCAGCUGGGGUUUAGCAUGUAUAGGACUGCUGGCAUAACUAACAACAGAGUGGCCUCCCUUUAAAGGUUGUAUUCUUGACUAUGGACUGGUAAUAUGCCUCUUUGCAUGGGAGCGUUGCGUUCGUUUGAUAGAGGCCGGGAUUGUUUUUCGUAUUCGAAGGGAUUUCUGGGAGGACAAAUUGAAAGCCAGGUUAUGAGGACCAGCGCAAAUCUUGUGGCAUAAAAUGAUGUUACUGUGCAGCGAUCAAUGUGGUACUGGUGAAUGUGGGAUAAACAGGAGAGCCAAAGAGCUAUCAUAUAGAUUUUCUACACAGUUACUUUUUUCCCUUUCUUUCUUUUGGCUAGCUACUUUACACGUGUUUAUUCUCGCCUCGCUUGUUUUUGUUUAUCACUCGUUACUCAUUUAUGAAAUAGCAAAGGAAGAGGGAAUUGUUAAGAGUGGUGACAUUUAGAUGAAUUUAUUAGUACAAGCUUUCUUUUUCCUCUUUUUUUCUCAUGGAGGAGUCGCUAUCAGUGACCAAACGGUAGAUUCUGGCGUUUAGAUCAUUGCUUUCCCUUUUCCUAACAUUAUUAAAUCUAUUGCUUUGAGCUUUGAGAAUCAAAGUAUAAA